AUGACUCGCACUUCCAUAAUCGUCUCCAACUUAUCCAGAAAUGAUUUUCUCCCAAAUGAGGGCCGCCUGCUCUCGUUGGCCAAUCAAAUCAAGCUUUCCAUCUUAAAUCUUGACUCUGAACAGGCCGGCGAUUUUGUCUACAACAUCGUCCAUUGGUCUGACUUGCCCUUCUUAAGCAGAAUAGUCAUCAUCUUCAAAACUCCGGCUGCAGCAUCCCAUGCCUACGAAUUCUUGCAAUCAGCAUACAAAGGAGUUGGAUUGCUCAAAUUGCCUGAGUCUGUCAAGUUGUCCCUCCAGGAAAACCUAUUGCUGAGGUCAUCACUGUCGGAUGCAUUGAAUGAGACCAAGGAAUUGAAUGUUACCUCCAGCUUGGAGAACUUCCGUAACUUCCACAACUCCGGAAAGACAAGUGCAGAUGAGGAUUACCAGGAACCAGAGCCACAAUCCUUUGAUGCAUAUGCUGAUCUUCAACGUCUUGGUAUCGAUGUAAGUGAGUUUAAUACUGAGGCACAAUUGGAGGAGUUGCGUGAAUCCUCCCCAAAAGAGCCGAAAUCAAUUCAAAUUGGAAGAACCAAGUCUUUGACCAAGACGUUGUUCCGUCCAGAAUUGCAUGUUAACACAACUACUACGCAAAAAGGAACCCCUCCUAAAAGUCCUACUAUUACCCUUGAUGAGACAUUCUAG